ACUGGUUACCCAUGUCAACUUGUCCACAUGCAAAUUUUAUUAUAGAAAAUGAUAAAAAUGAUAUUUAUUUCCAACUUCAAACUAUAUCAACAUCCUAAACCUGCAAAAUCAUCCAAAAAAAUGGCCAAUUUUCACAAUUUCCCCUUUCUACUAACUCUAUUCUUUCUCCUAUUAACAAAACCAGUAACAUCCAAAAAUCAUUGCACUGAAAAAUGUGGAAAAGUUCAAAUUCAAUUUCCAUUUCAUCUCAAAAACAACAACAUGAAUCAAACCAAUCCUAAAGGUUUUGAAUUAUCAUGUACAGAUAAAGAUGAAACUGUUCUAGAAUUUCCCAAACUUUCACUCAAGCUUUUCAUCAAACAGAUAGACUACAAAUCACAAAAAUUCCAAAUCUAUGAUCCAAAGAAUUGUCUUGCAAGUCAAUUAUUAAAACUAGGAAAUUCAUCAGUUUCACCUUUUCUGUUACACUUCCAUGAGUUUAAUAUACAGCGUAACGUUUCGUUCUUUCGUUGCAAUUCGAAUAACGGGUGUUCGAUAUUGCAACGUGAUUCUGAUGGUGAUUUUAUUGAUCCUGAAUUGGUUUCUUGUAGAAAAGUGAGUGAUGUUUUGAAUGUUGGUUGGAUGGUUGAAGAAUGGGAAGAUGAUAUUACUGAGAGUUUGAUUAUGGAAUGGUCUAAACCUAAUUAUAGUUUUUGUGCAGUUCAAGGGCAAAAAUGUAAAUGGAAGAAUGGUGGUAAAAAUGGUGAAGUUGAAUGUUAUGUUUGUAAAUCGGAUGGAAUUGCAAGAUCUACUGUUCUUCUCAUUACUGCUGGGGCUAUAGUUGGAUCAAUGGUUUUGCUGCUAUUGACAAAUGGACUACUUCAAAUUUAUCGCUAUUUUAAGAUGAAAGGGGAUGACAUAGCAAGGAUAGAGAAGUUCUUAGAGGAUUAUAGGGCAAUGAAACCUACAAGAUUCACUUAUGCUGAUAUUAAGAGAAUAACAAAUGGUUUUAAGGAGAGUUUAGGAGAAGGAGCACAUGGAGCUGUGUUCAAAGGCAUGCUCUCCCAAGAAAUUCUGGUAGCUGUGAAGGUACUCAAUGAAACACAAGGAGAUGGAAACGAUUUCAUUAAUGAAGUCGGAACCAUGGGAAAAAUUCAUCAUGUCAAUGUCGUUCGUUUGCUUGGAUUCUGCGCUGAUGGAUUCCACCGUGCUCUUGUCUAUGAUUUGUUUCCAAAUGGGCCGUUGCAGAAUUUCUUGGCACCACCGGAGAACAAGGAUGUUUUUCUUGGUUGGGAAAAGUUGCAACAAAUUGCUAUCGGUGUUGCAAAAGGGAUUGAGUAUCUUCAUGUUGGUUGUGAUCAUAGAAUACUUCACUUUGAUAUUAAUCCACACAAUGUGUUAAUAGAUGAUAAUUUGAGUCCUAAAAUUACUGACUUCGGACUUGCUAAAUUGUGUCCGAAAAAUCAAAGCACGGUUUCUAUGACUGCAGCUAGAGGAACAUUAGGAUACAUUGCACCAGAAGUUUUCUCGAGAAACUUUGGAAAUGUAUCUUAUAAAUCUGAUAUUUAUAGCUACGGAAUGUUGUUGCUCGAGAUGGUUGGAGGAAGAAAGAAUACUGAUGUGUCAGCUGAGGAAACAUUCGAAGUUUUGUAUCCGGAAUGGAUUCAUAAUCUGAUUGAAGGUAAAGACGUACAAGUUAAUAUUGAGGAAGCGGGAGAUGUUAGAAUUGCAAAAAAGCUCGCCCUUGUGGGACUUUGGUGUAUCCAAUGGAAUCCGGUGGAUCGUCCAUCGAUGAAAACUGUGGUUCAAAUGCUUGAAGGUGAGGGAGAAAAAUUACUGGCACCCCCUACUCCUUUUGACUCUAUUGGUGCUAAUGGAACAAAUGCAGUUGUUCCAUCUAGACAUCUGAAUUUUGAGUUAGAAGUUAUACCUGAAAUUGAGUAAAUGACUCUACAUUCAGGUUCAUCAAAUGUUAUAUAAGCUAUGUUUUAUAAAUUAUAUCCGUGUUAGCGUUCACUUGUAACGAAUUUUUUCUCAUCCUGUUUCACUGAUUCGGCCUUCAUAAUGCAAAUUAACACUUACUGCAACAUAAUUGGAAAUAUCAAAACUGAACAGAUUUCGGGCUAUUUCUUUAAGAUGUGUCCUACUGAAGAAAGUAACUAUGGUAUUUUCAUGUCAAGGAAAGAUCAAUUAUUAUGAAUAGUAUAAUAUAAUGAUAACUUUCAUUAAAUCUAGUGGAAGAUUAAUAUAUCAUCUCACAGAAAAGAUGGGAUUUUUUCUUUUGUAUUGAUUCACAUUAUUUGUUUACACAAAACUUUUCAGCAUUCCACCAAUGGAUUGACUCAAUUAUGAUGAAACUUAUUGAUCUAAUGGUGAAACAAAACUUGUGCA